AUGUGCUCAAAAGUCGAAGUCGAGGUAGAUGCUCAACUUAAUUGGAUGCAAUCUUUACUCAGCUCCUCCUCUUAUCAAGCAAAUCAAUCCAACAGCACCAAUAAACCAACAAAUCAAAUUGAUGAUUUGCUCGCAUCAAUAGAGAAUUCAACAACGGAACAAAAAUGUGCUUCACCGUCUAAGGUCCAGUUCAAUCUUCAACCAGAAAAUGACGAUUCUUGUGGUUCAUCUUAUUUGGCAGGUAAGAAACCACCAAAAGCAGAACCACAAUAUAGAAUAUCUGAUACAGAUUACAGUGAAGAAGAUAGCAGCGAUUGUGAAGAAUAUUAUGUCGAUGAUGCUGAAACCAUUCGAGAGCAAGAGAUUCCUACCUGGGCAAGAGCUCAAAAUCUACUUCAGGAACUUGAAAAACAGAAGAAAGUUGAUCCUGAUACAAUCUUUGUAGGUUUUGAAAAGUCAUGUGACUUAAAUUCGAUGUUUGAAAAGAAGAAGAAAUCAUUUAAAGUUCGUGGAGAUAGUGGCUUCUGGGCAGCUGAUAAUGUCACUCCUGAUGAAGAACUUAAGUAUAAGAAAGCUCUUGGUUAUGUUUAA